UGAAAAGAGAAAAUGAGAAAGAAAAGGUAAACUGAGAUUGAAACUGAAAUGGUUGAAUAGUGUGAUGUUUUUCUUCUUCUCAUUCACAUUCACAACGCUACGUCAUCGAUCGUUCUUCUCUGCAACCACCUAAGCAAGGGCAUAGUUAGGUUAGUAUCUUGAGUACAUACUUGAAUGUCGGCUGCAUCUGGGACGAGUGAGGAGGAAACACGAGUGUCUUCCGGUGACAACAUUCAUCCUAGGCUGGAUGUCUAUAUUUGGGACAUGGAUGAGACCCUUAUACUGCUCAACUCUUUGCUGAAAUCAUCGUAUGCCGAGGCUUUCAACGGUUUGAAAGAUGUGCAGAAAGGCGUCGAGCUUGGGAAGAUGUGGGAAAAUCUCAUUCUGCAAUUGUGCGAUGAUCAUUUCUUCUACGAGCAAAUUGAAAGUUACAAUAAGCCAUUUCUUGAUGUUCUGUCCAAAUAUGAUGAUGGGAAGGAUCUAUCUGAUUAUGACUUCAACCAAGAUGAAUUAGGCCCUCCGCUUGAUGAUGCCAACAAAAGAAAACUUGCAUACAGGCAUCGAAUCAUAGCCGAAAAAUACCUGCAGGGUUUACAUAAUAUUUUAGAUCAGGAGACAAUAAAAGUAUGGAACAAUUUGUAUAAUAAAACUGAUGAAUAUACUGACAAAUGGCUUUCAUCAGCACGGGCCUGUUUGACGGAGUGUUCUGGUGAAAAUAAAGACGUGGUUUCUUCAAUUACUUAUGCCAACACAAGCACAGACUCAAUUAAUGCAAAACAUCACCAUGUGAAUGUUUUAGUUACAGCUGGAUCAUUGAUACCAUCUCUUGUAAAAUGCUUGCUCUUUCAUCUGGACAGCUUAAUAACACAUGGAAAUGUGUACAGCUCCUGGGAAGUGGGGAAAAUUCAAUGUUUCCGAUGGAUCAAGGAUCGCUUCAACCAUCCCAAUGUUCGCUUUUGUGUAAUUGGUGAUGGAUGGGAAGAGUGUGAAGCUGCAGAAAUCAUGAAAUGGCCGUUUGUUAAGAUUGACCCGCGACCAGGAAAAUCUCAUAGGUUCCCUGGCCUCACAUCCAAAACAGUUGGCCACUAUUUCUCUGUGGUGUAUCCAAACAAUGACAAUGACGAAGAAUGACGACUCUUCAUGUUAUCUGACCCUUUUCCAGGAUCCUGUCUGUUACGCAAAAAAGGGAAGGGAAAAAAAACCAGCAGCAUGGCCAAUUGUGUUGCCAAGUGUAUAUAUUGAUGCCAUGUGAUGGCUGCCACAACUUAGAUGUUAACGGCUCUUGUUGAGAUCAGUUUGAACUAUUUUUCUAUGACAUGGCUGGGUGAUCACAAAUUUAGAAGUAGAUUUGGAUGGUUAAUGAAUGCAGAUCAUUUACCUCUUCUCAUGUAUAUAAGAUGUUUCAAAAUAAUAUUUAUGAACCUUAUCUAGGCCACCAGCUCAUCAUAUCUCACUUUUAUCGUUCAUUUAGCUGUAGGAAUGUGGGAAAGCAUACUACUAUUAGCCUAAACCAAAUGGAAAUUCGUUCAUCUGCAGUCUGAAAAAAUAAA